CCUUUUUGUUCUCCCCAGUUAUCGGCCAAUCAUGCUGCUACAGAACGACAGCAUUAAUCUCCAGAAGUAUUCCUACUCCAAUGAAGAUGAAGCAUGGUCUAAGUACUUGGAUAACCCUAUGACAGUAGCCUCUAAAGCCAUGAUGAGAGCAAACGGGGAAGACGACGGAGUUGCUGCAUUGAGCUUUCUCUAUGAUUACUAUAGGGUACCCAAAGAAAAAAGAAUAAUUCCAUCAGGAUCAACAGAUCGUUUUGAGCAAGUGAAAAGGAAUUGCAUUGAAUAUGAUUCAGACAUUUCAUCUUUUGAAAACCCAACACAGCUUAUGAAAUUUCUAGCAGAUAACACCUCAUCCAUUCAAGAGUAUUCAGAAGCACAUAAAAAGAACACCUAUCUAACUUUGGAAGCUUUUACAAACACCAAUAAACUGACUUUACAAUCAAUAACUAAUAAAUUAUGCAGCGAUACACAUGAAGAUUUCAUGACGUCGUGUGAUGUGUAUGAGAAGAAUCCAUUAAAUACUCUGUUUGAGCCACUGCAUGUAGCACAGCCACAACAAAGAUGGCAGCCUGACAGUACCUUCAAGGAGGACUCACCAGAGCCCCUCAUUUUCAGUGAUAUACUUAGGAACCAGGCAGAAUCCACCUGCUCUGAGGACUACUUAUCUACUGAAGCAAACCGUGAUUUUGAGUACUCCCUAGAAUCCCCCAAAGCUAUUCAUGUGAAGUCUGGAGACUCACCAAUGGCAUAUCUCAACAAAGGUCAAUUUUAUCGUGUUAACCUUCGGACAACAGACAAUAGGAAAUGUUUGCAGCUGUCUUCCAAUAAAGUUAAGACCGUGGUAAUGGUGGUUUUUGACAACGAAAAAAACCCAGAAGAGCAGCUGAAACGCUGGAAACAUUGGCACUCCAGGCAGCCAACUGCAAAGCAGAGGGUCAUUGAUGUUGCUGACUACAAAGAGAACUGCAACACAGUGGAGAGCAUUGAGGAAGUAGCAUAUAAUGCAUUGUCAUUUGUGUGGAAUAUCAAUGAUGAGGCUAAGAUUUUUAUUGGCAUCAACUGCUUGAGCACAGAUUUCUCUUCUCAGAAGGGAGUGAAGGGUGUGCCUUUAAAUCUCCAGAUUGACACUUAUGACUACGACACUGGGGUGAAGAGACUCAUUCACCGGGCUGUGUGCCAGAUCAAAAUAUUCUGUGAUAAGGGUGCGGAACGUAAGAUGCGUGAUGAAGAACGCAAACAGUUUAGAAGGAAAGGAAAAUGUGCAGAUGUCACCAAAGAUACGAAGUCCUCCGUGCUUCCAGGAUACAGAGGAACAGACAUCACAUACCUGAGGCCAGUGACAGAUAUGGAAACUCAGCCAGUGUUGUUUAUCCCAAACAUUCAUUUUUCCAACAUGCAAAGAUGUGGAGUUGUGCUUGCUGCUGUUCAAGACAAUAACGACAGGUUAGCAUUGAAGAGAAGUUGUCCGUCCUUCACAGGCACCUUUGAGGUCCCACCUUCCAAGCAACAAGCAACUGAAGACUGUCAGCGAGUGUUGUUGUAUGUACGAAGAGAAACAGAAGAAGUGUUCGAUGCCCUUAUGCUGAAAACGCCAGAUCUCCCGGGUUUGAGGAAAGCAAUCUCAGAGAAAUAUGGUUUACCAGAAGUAAGGAUCUGCAGAGUCUACAAGAAAUGCAAACGAGGGAUCCUAGUCAAUAUGGAUAAUAACAUCAUCCAGCAUUACAGCAACCACAUGGCUUUCCUGCUGGACAUAACAGACAUAGAUGGGAGUAUCCAAGUUACACUUAAAGAAUUAUAAUUUUCCUUUUGGACAAACAUAAAAGACUUGUGGGCCAAGGCAUGAGACCCCCAGCGUAACAGACCUCAUAACAUUGCUCCAUUCAUGCACUUGUCCCAAGUCAGCAGAUCAUCAUGCCACCAAGUAUUGUGAAGCCAUACCUUCUUGGGAAAGCCGACGUGGGACUUCUGUGUCACAGACGGAGACACUGUGUUUGGAAUUAUUGUUUUAUGGUAUCCAUAACCCUGGUGAAUUCAAGGCUUGCUGAGAUGAAUGGUUCGAGAUAACUAGCAGUACAUACAGCCAGCUGAGAAAUAAUGGUCACAUUGUGAAGGCAAGUUCUCAAACGCAUGGUUAAUAGUUGAUAAUUCACCAACAAGAUAGGAAGAUUGUAGUGCGUCACGUUGUACAUCUGCACUACCAAUUCACACAUGUCACUGACAAUAAGAAGUCACCAAACGUUGCAACUUUGGAAUGCCUAGUUAGCCAAAGACGCUGUAAAUCUAAGCUCUGAGCUGCUUGUAUCACUGGCUAAUUAUCAACAAUGUUCUCUUAAAUAUAUCAGUUGUGAUGUAUGUCAAACUGAUAAGUACAUUAGAUACAUCUGUAUAUGCCAAUGUAUCUUUAGCUAUUAGCUCCUAGAUCAGUGGCAAUCAUUUUUACAGAAGUUUAAGUGUGGAGUCAAAUAGGAGUAUGAUGUCACACACAGAGUAUUGCUGCUUACUUUUGUCACUGUUUCUAAAGUUAUAUCAACACGCAAGUCCAAAUAAAUAUAAAGGUAUACAUCAAUAAUGUACAGUUUUGCCAAUCCGCUGGUUGUAACAUCAUUACAUUUAAAAAAAGACAAAAAAUAACCUUUUAUUUUUUUACAUUCGAUAGCUGGCAGUUUUGACUUGAACAACCCCCUGAUCUGGAAACAAAAAUGUUACUGUUUUAUACAUUUCUUAUU